AUGAUGUUAUUAUCACAUUCCUCUAUUAUUACUAUUAUUUACCUUAUUCACUAUACAUACUACUUUAAUAUAUUAUUUUCUAAUUUUGGACAAUCUUUUGAAUUUACAUUAGAAGAUAGAAUAUUUUUUGCUACAGAAAAUUGUGAACAACACUUAGAUAUUGGUAAUUGGUGUGAAUGGUCAAGUUGGAGUAAAUGUGAUCUAAACACAUGUACACGAUUACGUCAACGUGAAUGUAAUUGUCCAGCUCCAGGAAAUUGGACAACAUUAACAGAAUGUAAAACUAUUAGACCACAAAAUGACUACAGAGUUAAUAAUACAAUUGUUAAGCAUACACGACAUAUUCGUUAUACAAGUGAUACUAAAAAAGAAUGUAAAAUACCUGUCAUUCUAGAAGGUGUUUAUUAUCCUGAUUGUUUUAAACCUUUACAAAGACCAUCAUCAUCUGAAGAGUAUAUAGAUACAGUCAAAUCAAAAAGGAAUUUAUUCUGUUCAGUAAAUAAAACCGAAAUCGGUAUAUGUGCAUAUGAGCAGAAAUCAAGUUCAAAGUUGAAAACAAAAGGUAUGCGAGAGUAUGAUGUCAGUGCAUGUAGUAGUUGGCGUAUAAUCUAUCAUUAUAGUAUGGAAAAUUUACCUGCUACACUAAAAUAUGUGCAUGAUUCAGAUAGUGAAUUAGGAAGGAAGUGUACCUUUGAAGGUGAUGAUUUAUAUCCAUUAUGUACAUAUCAUACAUUUUAUUCAGAGCAUACAAGAAGUGAUUAUGGACGGUUAAAUAAUAUGGCAUAUGAUAUAGAAAAUUGUCGUUUUGCUUGUGCUAUUCAUAUCCAGUGUAAAGCAAUUGAAUUUAUUUAUGGUGUUCAUUGUAUCUUGGCAUUUCACUUUGAUGAAUCAGUUCUUCAACGAUCGAUUGGUACCAUCAUUGAAUUGAAACCGGAUCAAUGUGAUCCUGAUAUUAAAGAGGGUGAAAUAUAUCCAUAUACUAAUGCUAUGUCUGUUCUACGUGUUUAA